UGUCGAGGGCACAGGUAAGCAGACGAUGUCGUGUUAGUUGGGAGUGUGACAGUGGCGAGUGCACUUCUUCGGCAUUUCGAUUGCUCGCUCGUGGCUCCUUAUCUUGAUAUUUUGGUAAUGCCCAUGAGUUUGACGUCGUGUGAUUUGAACAUCGGAACCUUACUUGAAACAUAUCGUCUCUUCACACGAACUGACUAUUCAACUUGCAACUAAUUUGAUGAAUUUCAAAUUCUGCUGGAAAGCUCAAUUGUUGUUAGAUUUAUAAACUGCAAAUCUGUGGAAAAUUAUUUAAUUUGAUUUUGAAACUCAAAUAGUACUAGCUAUGGACAUAAUUCUGGUGACGUAUAAGUGAACAAUAUCCCUGCUUUAGUUCCACGAGAGACAGAAGUCCAAGUGGCACUGCCAGUGCUCGGCCCUAGAGUGCCAAUCCUGACGCAUCCCUUCAGAAGGAAGUCUCUUCGUUAACGUUCUUCGGACAAGCUUAUUCCUACCACUACAAAAGAUGCAUGACAUACUCAAAAUGUGCAGUUUCGAGGGCACAAAGUCGACAAAAGGCGCGUCAAAGAUGCGGCGCGAUCUUCUGAACGCUGAGAUCGGACAACUACGCGAGCUGCUGCCCCUGCCGCCCUCGACCCGACAGCGGCUCUCGCAGCUGCAGCUCAUGGCUCUGGUGUGCGUCUAUGUCAGGAAGAGCAACUACUUCCAACAAGUGUUGAAGCAACAGGCUACGAGACUUGCCUCUGAAAGCGCCAACAUGGAAUUUUUGAAGGCUCUCAACGGAUUUCUUAUCAUGAUGACACAAGGAGGAAAGUUGCUCUACAUUUCUGACAACGCUGCUGAGUACCUCGGUCACUCUAUGAUGCGGAAAUACAUAUCGUGUCUUACAAAACCUCAAAUAAUUACCAUAUCUCCGAGCUUUAUGUAUCGGAGGUUGGACAAACAGGACCACGCGGCGGUGCAGGCCGAGCUGGUGAGGGCCGCCCAGGCGGGGCCCGAGGACGACAGGCUCUUCCUGUGCCGUAUGAACGUCUCCAGGAACGCCAGGCGGCAGAUGCGCUUCGGAGACCAGAAGGUGGUGCUGGUGCACGGUCACUUCUUGUCGUACCUGCCUCUGUGCUCGCGUAACGAGCCCGUCUUCCUGGCGCACUGCUCGCCCGUCGCCAUGCCGGAGACCCGCGAGAGCGUCGUGCAGGGCGCUACGAACGUCUUCACUACGCUGCACACGCUCGACAUGAAGAUAAUCAGCAUCGAUAAGAAUGGGGAAUUUUAUCUUGGCUACAAUAAGAGUUCGCUGGCAGGAGUGUCUUGGUAUCACCUCAUCCAUCCCGACAACUUGCGCGACGCGCAGACCAAGCAUCGCCUCAUCACUUCCAGCGAGCAAGAGCGCUCUUGCAUUCUGCUGUUACGUCUCCAGGCGGCCGGAGGUGCAUGGCGUUGGGUGCACUGUGUCCUCCAACUCAAAGACGCUCAGGAAACAAGCACCAACUCUACCGCCACUGCAGCAACGAGCGCAACUGCCGCUCCAACCGCCACAUCAACAGUCACUUCAGGGACCCAACCACAAAUUCCAUCGACUUCAGCGUCAGUGCCAGUGCAGAAUGUUGAGGCUCCUUCCCCUGUGAUUGCUGGGGCCCAAGCUGCUCAAGCAGCGACUGCACAACCCGCGCAGCCUCUACAAAAUCAGCAGCAGCCUAUCAUCGUAGCCACUAAUCAAGUUUUGAGUGAGCGCGAGGCGGCGGUGCUUAGAAGCAACUCUUGGCUGUAUCAUUACUACACGAUGCAGUCCAAGCUUCAGUACGGACUUGCCUACGAGGCCCAGAGGGUGCACGCUUACUACCCACAAGUGAUGCCUUAUCAGACGGAAGCAGCAGGGAGCUACAUGGCGACGAACCCCCUGGCCAGCACUCACUAUCAACAGCAGUUCAAUCCUACCACUCAUUCAUCACAUUACCCACUUAGCACGUCAUACUUACAUCCAUAUCACGCCCACUACUCUUUAAGAUUACAUUCGGAAUACUCGAGGGAUUCAUCACAGUCCUACUACGAUUAUUCUAGCCCUGCAGCACACAACUACGUCUACAACUACAGCAACGGUCUGCAGACGACAGCCCCUGUGCCAGAGGCCAUGAGUCCAGCGCCAUCGUUGACGCCCAAGUCCCGCAGGAGCACCCCAAUGUCCUCGCCGAAGAGAUCACCGGUGUCGCACGGUCUUGGAUCCACAGACGGAUCCGGUGGCGUAGCCGUGGCCACUCCUGUAGCCGUGAGGCCUUCUCCACACACACAAAUUAAGGGAGGUUCACCGAUGAGCGUCGAUGAAUCGGAACUUUCUUGGAAAUCGUCACCAAAUCAGGAGGUCCCAGAAUGUCCUGAAUAUACCCCAUACGUGACGCCACCUUAUUCAACGACUGCAAGUCCCACCAAAUCCACUCAUUUCUCCUUUGAUAACAGUCCUGAAGCCAGCGAUCAAUACGUUCCUUCCCCGCACAUUGAUCCUCGGGAAGCUCCCUGGUACUCCCAUGCCUUCGUCAGAUAAAGGACGAUGACGCGCCCGUUAAGCACCUUUCCACUUCCGUCCCUAGCGUCGGGCCGUGGUCGUCUAGUCGCUGCUAGUCGCGACCUGUUCCCGGCAGGUCAGUCGAUGUGCAACUCCGAGUAAAUGUUUCAAGGACGGCGUCAUCACCGUGCAGUGUGUGGUGUAUAAAUUAACUUGCUAUAGUGUGGCUGGAUCCUCGCUCCUACCUUAAUAUUUUCGGACCAGAAAGAUCGCAGUGAUGAUAUUGAUUGUGAGUUAUUUGCAAGGGUGUAGAUUUAUCUAGUAAUAGUUAGCAUUUCAUAUAGUGUAUUAUUUUAUUAUCAAUAGGAGGUUCAUGAAUAUACUUUUGCUUGUGUUGCUUCACUACUCUUUAUAUAAGGCAAGUUAAAUUUUCGUGUUUUUUUAAGGAAUGUGUUAUUCAUAGUUGACUUUUAGUCAGUUUUGGGG